AGAAAAAAGCAGCUGAGAUGUUAGAUGGAAAGUGUCAACAGAAAAUGACACAUUGUUUAAAUUAUGUUUUAUGUUAGACAUAUUUUUAGAGAAUUUUUGGUGAUGUUUUUUUUGGCAAUCCAUCUCAUUUCUGCCCCCCAGCAUGGCUCCCUAUCUCACUCCUUGCCCAUACAAUAGCUCUCUGUCACAUUUCUGGUUCAGCAUGACUCUUCAUCUUAUUCUUGGUGGCCAACAUGGCUCCUCAUUUCUUUCCUAGUCCCCAGCAUGGGUCCCAUUGCAUUUCUCCUCUCCAGCAUUGCUCUUUAUCACAUUAUUCAUCCUCAGUAUGGGUCCUAUUUCUAGUCCAGGUCUCUUUCCUAGUCCUUAUUUUAUUCCUUGUCCUCAGCAUGUCUACCAUCCUUUUCCUUUUCCCAAGCACGACUCCUGAUCCCCAGCACGGUUGCCAUUCCUUCUGGUACGGAUCCCUCGGAUGCCCCUAGAUAAUCUUCUCCACCUUCCAAGCCUAGCACACUGCCUUAAUACAGCUCUGUGGCUGAAAUGGUGGGAGCCAUGAGAGGAGCUCUCCACACAGCCCCGGCCGGAGAAUACUUUACCUCACGCUGCACAGCGGAGGGUACAGAGAGGUCGGCCCCCUGCACACACCCGCCCACAGCACCUCCUAUUGGUGGAGAACUUUGUAUACAGUUCAGCCGCUCUCCGCCCAAAAAAGUCUGUUGCCCAGCAACCGGAGGACGCUGACUGACGCUGGUGUACCUUGGUAACCGGAGACUGCGACAACGAGGAGAAAGUGUGCUCAGCCCGGUAUAUAGUGUACGCAGCCCGCCAUGGAAGAAUUGAUUGAUAGAGUAUUAGGCGUGAGGAUCGCUCCCGGCCUGCUCCAUUUCAUGGAUGUCGUGGUUGGGAAGGCUUACCAAGCCAAUAUCACUGUGCAAAACAUCAGUCAUGUGGCUAAAGCAAUAAAAAUACUUGGACCAGAAGACCCCCAGUUUACCCUAUAUGUACAAAAUCCAGAGAAACCUGUGGCACCUGGGCUUCAAGUAACAGCCUCAGUGGAAUACCAUCCCAUUAAAAAGCAAGACAUUCGUGACAAACUAUUGGUUGUGGUUGACAAUGAUGCCAUUGAGGUGCCGUUAUUGGGUUUCGUCCCUUCUUGUUAUCUUGAAAUUGAUCCUGAAGUACAUUUUGGCAGCAUAGUGGCGAACAGUAAAGUGAUCUGCAAGGAUAUUGCAAUUACAAACCAUGGUUCUUCUCCAGGUACUUUUAAAAUAAAAUACAACGGCCACCUUCCCAUCACUAUAUCUCCAACCAGUGGAGUAAUUGAGCCGAAAACCAUGCAGAUACUUAAAGUUGACCUAUGUGCAGACACUCCAGCUGUCAUUGAAGAACUCGCUAAAGUUAAACUACAAGGUCACGAGGAGCUGCUCUUGAAGAUAAAAGGAAAUAUAGUCAACCAGAACCUAGAAUUGCUAGACCUUUCUGGAAAACCUCUGAAGUGCCUUCACUUUGGAUCUGUCUACUUUGGAACUUCCAAAAUUCGCAAAGCAGUGAUUUAUAAUGAUAGUCCUGAGACCAUAAGCUGGGUGUCUGUCCUGGAUGAUAAUGCCAUCGGUGCUGAAGUGGGAACGGAUAUUCAGAAAAGUACAGAUUCUGCUCUGCAAGACCUGGAUUACAGAACUAUGACAAGGGAAAUAGAAGUCUCUAGUAUACUUACCUGUUAUCCCAAUGAAGGAGUUCUUUUACCUUUCCAGAAAACCACUCUAACAAUCUGUUUUAGUCCCAAGGAUUUAGAUGAAGACAUGAGAACAAAUGGGAUUCUAUAUCAGCAGGAUUAUGCUCUGUUUAUGAGGUUUGAACCAGUUGGAAGUAAAGAUGGAUUCCUGCAGUCAGAUGCAGAUGAUGCAGUGCAUCAUAAAGGACAAAGGAAACACCACGUGGAAUUGGCUGUUACUGGUUCUGCUUUCCCUGUCGCAUUAACAUUCAGCACAGGAACUGUGUACAAUUUUAAGGAAUGCUUGAUUGGUGAAAGGAUCGAUAUUCAUUGCUCUCUAAAAAAUGAAUCUCAGUUCCUCCCUGUGGUGUUUAGCUUUCGCAAGACAUCCCAUUUUCAUAUCUCUCCGGCUAAUGGAAAGAUAGAGGCAGGACAUUCUCAGGAAGUGGUAUUUUCAUUUAUACCACAUCAAGUAGGAACCUUUAGUGUGAAACAAGUGGUGGAUAUUUUGGGUCCCACAUCAGAUGAUAAUAUGCUGACUUUGAAAAUGAAAGCCUUUCAUCAGAAAAAGCUCACUUUUACAGCAAUCUGCAAACCAUUGACCAAGAAAAUUAUCAUGAAAAUCAACCCAGGUAUAACUCCUAAGAUUAGUAACCCCACUGGACAUUUUGUUCAAGUUGCACCCCAAGAAACAGCAAUAUUUACCGGAUCUACCCGCACAGCUACUCUGAAGGCAGAUAAAACACAGAUCCAUGAUCACCAGAACACAGUCAAUGUAGACAAAGAUGUGAUGGUGGCAUUUCCAAAUGAUCGAGCUGCAAGUAUACGGCCUAGUGAUCGCAGUACACAUUACAGGACUAUCUUCACCAAAAUUGAGAGAUAUAAUUAUGUGGAUCCAGAUUAUGCAUAUACAGAAGAUGAAGAAAAAUUUAAACAAGCUCACAAGGACUAUUAUACUAACUAUAUAAAGAAAAGAAGAGAAAAUCAUCUAAAAGAGGAGAAUGAUAGGGCAUUUCAAGAAGUUAACAAUGAUAUUGAUAUUGGUAUUAUACCAGCAGCUGGACUUCGACCACCUAGUACUUCAAUAUUAGAGCACUUUAAUGGACAGAAACAAAAUAAAUCAGCAACCAGCACUAAGGGGCGUAUGCUGACCACUCGCCAACUUGCUGUUAGAGAGUCAAGAUCCAUAACCCGAGAAAUUAAUGAAGGUCUCAAUGCAAUGCCCCGCUCAGUGACGGAAAAGGAAGACUGCAAUCUUGUUCUGACACCUCAGCAACUUCACCACAUAGUUAUCGGUCCUUCUACAAUAGACUUUGGGGAAGUCUGUGUUCGCUCCACAUCGGUCAAAGAAAUGAUAAUCAUAAAUAGUCUUCCCACUUACAUCUGGGUUCAGGUGGAGAUCGAUUGUGAUGAGCUGCAGCAAACCAGUCCGCUUUCUCAUGUUGUGCCACCAAUGUCAAAGACGGAGAUCCCAGUUGUCUUUGAGACAAACACACUGGGGAAAUUUAAGAAGUCAAUUUCCUACUCUGUGAAUAACAAGCACAUCGGACAUAUCUUAGUAACUGCAAAAGCUGUUCCCAUUGCCCUUGAGCUGUCUUCUCACGAGCUGGUUCUGAAACCCAACAACGACUUCUUAGCUGAGACAGGAUUUAGAUCGUCCAUAAGAUUGUACAAUCACAGGAAUCAUGCCGCUGAAUUUAGCUGGAAGCCUGUCAUAACAGAAAAGGGAAUUGCUUUUUCAAUACGUCCUGCAAGAGGUAUUGUUGAUGCUUAUGAAGACCUUGAGUGUGAAGUUGUAUGGCACCCAGGAUUCAGCUCACCAGACAUAGGGGAAUUCAAUCUGUGUGUACAGCAGCAAAAUACACAUAAGCUAAAAUGCAUUGCAGAGCUUGGACCUACAAAUGUCCAGUUUACUGACCAAAGGAUUCUUUUCCAUCAUGCUCCACUCGGCCUGUCAACUGUUAAGACAGCCAUUAUUCAGAACACUGGGGUAAACCAUGCAUACUUUCAGGUUGUUGAUAUUAACCCAUUGCCUGGCAUGACACUUACUCCAUCACAAGGGGUAGUCCCUGUUGGAGGCCAUGCUGCUCUCACAGUCAUCUUCACACCACAAGCAGUGAUGAAAUUUGACACUCGAAUUGAGAUAUCAGUGCGUAAUGCAAAGACUCUAGAAUUGAGAAUAGGAGGAUCGGUUGUGCCACCAGAAGUGGACAUAUCUGUUAACUCAUUUCUUUUCCCUGGUGUGUAUGUAAACUCUAUCCAAGCUAUACCAUUUUUACUACAAAAUAAAGGAGUGGCUCGUGCAAGAGUAGAAAUUGACCUUUCAAAAUAUGAAGAUUUUUCUUUGUCAUUCAAAGACAAUGCAGCGGUUGAGGUGGACCCACUUUAUCCUCAUUUAUAUACUUUAGAUUUAGAAGAGAAGGAAGCUCUUGAAUGUGCACUCCAUUUUAGUCCUAAGGAGGUGGCAGCCUAUGACUUCCAGCUUCCAGUAAAUAUCAACUUCACUGGUGGUUUAUCUGAUGCUGACAGCUCUGCUCCUGUCACCCCAACCCAUUCAGAAAAGCAUAUUGUUGUUCCAAGGCCUCAAAUGGUGAAUGUCAUCACUCCAGUCUGCAAAGUUAAUGCUACUGUUUUGCAGCAGCUGCUGAGAGUCUCCACUACCCACAUUGCAUUUGAAUUACUGUCUGGAGUGUUUGAUCUGGGCAUUGCAGAUGACUCUUUGAGCUCCCAGGUGCUUGAGCUAAGCAACAUUUCAAAGAAAACAGUGUCAUGGAAGUUAAAUCUUGAUCAUACUUGGGAAGCUCUAAAGAAUGGAGUUUUCAGAUUCAGUAAACGUUCAGGCGAGCUAGAGCCUGGAGAAACAAGUAGGAUUAAUGUUCACUUUUGCCCUGCUGGACCAGGGAAUUACAAAGCUGAAAUUCCAGUUAUCAUAAAUAAUAAUCGAGACUCUCUUUAUAUACCUCUUCAUCUGUAUGGGAGCUCCAAAAAACCAAUGAUUACCUUUGAUCCUCCAUUUAUUAUACUGACUCCAGUACCUUUGGACACAGAAGUUGAAGCUUUGGUUGAUAUCAUAUCAGCUAACUAUAAAAGGCCAGCAGCAUUAAAGGUGGACAUUCCAGAGGUAGAACUGGAAAAUGGUGACCGGGAAAAAGUGUUUUCUGUACAUUUUCCCAGUGGACAAACUAUUUCAGGCUCCGGUCAGUUGAGUGAAAAAAUUGUCUGCAAGAUCGCCUUCAAAUCUUCCACUCCAGUGUCUUGCAUGGCUGAGCUGGUAUUCACAGAUGAAGAUAACAACCAGUUUCAUCUCCAAGUUGCUGCUGUGGCUGAAAACUGCAUACUUACUGUUUACCCAUACCUAGCCUAUCACCGCACAGAUCAAGUCAUCUUAAAGAGUGGUCAAAUUGGAAAAAAUGGAGGCAUGGGGGAGGCUGUUCUUCGUCCUUGCCACAUACCAGAAACACCUUCUCAGAGCACAUCCUCCAGUUCCCUUGGGGCUAUUACAAGCUCUACAUAUGAAGAAUCUGUCUCAGAAGAUGGUAUUGUGCCGGAAAAUGAAAGAACACAAAUGCAAGAUAAGGAGAAUCAGUAUGAAACACUAAAGGACAAACUUGAGCUAUCAUUUUACCCUGAAGAUGACUCUGAAGAAUGGAUGUUUUUUGAGAAAGUUCUAUCCUCAGUGCAAACCUGGUUUAGCCUGUAUGGAUGGGCUAUUGGCUGCAAUCCCAUUACGAUUCCACAAUCUCUAUGGAGCGGUGUAUGCAAAGUCAAGUUGUCAAAGUCUGAAGGAAAGGCACCGAAAACAAUAAAUCUUGGCAAGCAGACAAAAACCAUUUAUGACAUGCUGUUCUACCUGAGUGGACAGAUGCUGCCUGGAAUUACUGCAAGUCAGUCAUUGCCCUCUGAUCCCACAGAAAGAGUCCUACAGCUUCACUGGCAGCAUGCGACACUGCUCACUUUCCUCAAAAGCCAAGGAGCCUCUCUUUCUCACAUAAAACCUGAAUAUCUUUUUGAACCUCUGGAUUAUGAAAGAUGGAUUCAAAUACAGGUUCAGAUUCAGAAACUUCAGAAUUCAAACAAAAAAACUACAAAUUUUACAGAAAACAAUUUGCUUCAUAUAAAUAAUAGCGCAUUUCAGUCUGUAAGUAAACGUGUAUGGACAGACAUACUCUUGCAGAUAUACAAGGUGUUCAUCCUUUCACGCAUUACACAGAGAAAGAGUGAUGAUGACAGUGUGAUAGAUUGCAUGCCAAAAAUCAGUUCAGAGCCUUUAUCGAGCAACAUAUAUUCAACAUCAGAGAGAAUUCUUCUUACUUGGCUCAAUGUCCACUAUGAAAAGAUGAGAAAAGUGGUGUGGAGAAAUUCUAAAAAAGGUGACAUACCACCCACAAGAUGGAUUAUGAACUUUGAUAAAGACCUUUUAGAUGGGCUUGUUCUCGCUACUCAGGUGGCAGCAUAUUGUCCAUAUCUUAUUUCCACUCAUUUCAUCAAUAUGUACACCAACCCUGAGACCCCAGAGCAGUGCCUGCACAAUUGCCUGAUUCUAGUCAAUGCAUUUCGGGCUAUCAAUCUUAACAUUGAUAUACAGGCCACAGACAUAUGUGAUCCAAAUCCAGUGACAAUGCUAAUGCUGUGUGUGUAUCUGCAUGAAAAACUUUCGCUUUAUGUGCCUAAGAAAACAAUUCAUUUUGAUGGGGCUCUUCACCAAACAAUUUCACGUCAGGUUCGUCUGAAAAAUUCAAGCAGCAAGCCACUAGUGUACCAGGCUACAAUCGUAGGUCGAGAGUCAGCUGAUUUCUCAUUGCCUAAAGGAAACACAAUAACGAUUGCCCCAAAAAGCCAAGUGGAUGUGACUGUAGAGUAUAAGAGUCGCUUUUUACACCCAGCUGAAGCAACUAUGUUACUGGUAUCUAAACCUUCCAGUGGAGCAGGUGGUACUACAUUGUCGUUCUCUCUUGCAUCAAGAUUGACUGAUUUAGUCCCAACUGUUCAGGUAAAGCAGGAAACUCCUUGCUAUGAAUUGGAAAAAAUGUGUUUAUCCAUUGAAAGUCCUUACAAACGUCAUGGAAAAUUCAGAGUGAUUUUAGUGGAAUCGUCAAACCACUUACAGUUUCCUAAUUUCCAAGAUGAAAUUACAAGACUGAAAGAUGAAAAACGAUUCAGUGCCAGCUCUACAGAUCAUGCUCUUUCAAGAGUAUUUUGUCAGUCGAAUAAUCAAGAAUACAAGUCAAAUCUGUUACGUCAAUACUUCUGCCCAGUUAACUCUGUUUUCUUGAAAGAAGGCAUGUCCAGUAUCUUACAAGUUAAUUUUCUUCCAUUUGAACUUGGAAAACGCUACUGCACUAUUGUUUUCACCAGUGAAGAGAUUGGUGACUUUGUAUACAUGAUUGAAGGAAUGAGUACUCCACCUCUGCCUUCUGCCCUUAGCCCUAUCAAUAGCCUGAAUGUAUUCCACAUGAACAAUGGAAAUCCAGAUGCACUGAACAUCUGCUAUUUGAAAUGCAAAGAAAAUAGUAUACUGGAGGAAGAUCUGAAAAUCCCAUUGGUAAAUGAAAGAAGGGAGAAGGCAUUGGCAAAUUCAGCUCAGAUGCAGAUGACAUUGUUAGAGUAUGAACGUAGAAAAGUAACUGGCACCUUGGAAAGCAGCAGUGUGCGAGCUGCAGUAGCUUCAUUGGGAGUCAACAUUGAAGAGACCAAAGCUUCACUACGAUCCUCAUCAUUCUCCUCCACCUCCAAAAAGGACCAUACAAUGGAAUAUAAUGUGGAAAUAAGUAUGCCUCAGUAUUUUGAGGUUCCAAAGAAAAUCAAAAUUCCAGUCUCUGCAAGAAAUCAAAUUGCUGCUAAUCCAGUAUCCGGGAAAGAAGAACAGCUGCGUAGAGAGCAAGAUAAAGAAAAAGGAGUUUUAUUUCCACUCAAAUUUGUCCCUGAGAAACCUGGCCGCUAUACUUGCAAAAUUUUGCUACGUUCUUCUCAUGAUGUACGAGUCUUUAUGAUUGAGUGUGUCGUCAACCCAUGCAGCACAGAAACAGAAUUGGAAUUUAUUACCCCGGCCUGUGAAGCACUGAUUCAAGAUAUUCCAAUAAGUAAUAUAACUCAACAAGACUGGAAACUAAAAGCUAUUCUUCAAGGAGAUCAAUUCUAUGGUCCUCCGUGCAUGCAUAUCCCAGCAGGGGAAAUAGCCCAGUACCCUUUAAUGUUUAAACCUACUGUUGAAUGUCGUAGCACCGGUACACUAAUUCUUCAAAAUGAAACAGAUGGUACUGAACAUAUAUUUGGCCUCAAAGGUAUUGGCCAAGAACCCCUGGCUCUUGAUCAUAUCGUGAUAGAUUGCCAAGUAAGACAAAUUACACAGAAGGUCCUUAUGGUACCCAAUUAUACCAACAACAGAUUGACUUUCAAGGUGGUGUCAGACAUUCCAAUCAUUGGCGGAUCGCAAACAUUAACCGUUAAACCUGGUACAUCAUCUCCCUAUACUCUGAGUGUAUCUCCAUGGAAACGUGGAUUGUUCCAAGGUAUAAUCUCAUUUGUUGCGGAAGAUGGAGAACAGCAAUAUCAGUGUGGCAAUCCACCAGUUUUUGCAGAUGGCACUGAAGCUGUUCAACUAGAUGGAAUUCAGACUGCUAAUGCAGGGAUGGCAGAUAGUAAAUCUGCUCCCUACAAGGUUUGGUUUACGGUUGAAAUUAACAGUACGCCUACACCACCAGAAAGGACCAUUGAUGUGACAUGUUCUGUUUUUAAAUCUGUGGGGAUAAAUAUACCAAUUACUAAUCCCUCAAUGGAUACCCUACAUUUCCAAGUGCUGGUGAAUGGUGAUGGUAUUACAGGGGAUGAUGUUUUUAGUCUGCAGCCAAAGGAAACUUUCUCUUAUGUAGCAAAAUUUUCUCCCUCUAAAACUGGGAAUUCUAAUGGGAGUGUAAUUUUUCAAAGUGAUAUAUUUGAAGAAUUUUGGUACGAUUUGAAGCUGAUAGCAGAGAAGCCAGAGUCUGUUAAAAUUCCUGAAGUAUUUUGUGAACUUGGCAAAUGGACUCGUCUGUUUGUCCCUCUUGUGAAUCCUACACAGGACAUAUUUGAGUUACAGACUGUUAAUAGUAAUCCUGAACAUUUCUUAGUGGAACUGGACAACAGUAAGCCACUUUUAAUGGCACCCAAUUCAACCACUGAAGUCCCUGUUCAGUUCUGUCCAUCUUCACUUAGCAAAGGGAGUCAAACGGCAUCUAUUACUUUCAAAAACAAACAGCUUAAAGAAUGGACAUUCUACUUGUCAGGAGUAGGUCUCAUUCCUCAACCCAUGGAACCAGCAAGCAUUAGUGCCAAUAUUGGAAGCCUUGCCUCUAUCAACAUCUCCUUUAAGAAUCCUACAAAUGAGAAUGUCCUUGUUGAUAUUGUCCUAACAGAUCAAGAACAGACCAUGCAUCGUCUUAGUGCAUCUGUUCUGCGCCACUCCAUCAAUAAAGAGCCAGCGUUCUGUCUGCCCCUGAAGCAAACACAAGGAAUUCCCUUAGCUGCCAAGGAAAAGCUGGAUAUUCCAGUACUUUUUGCCCCAGAUACAAUGAAACUUUACGAAGCUUUGGUAGUUGUUCACAUGGUAAAAGCAAAUGGAGACAGCUGGGAUCAUAAUAAUACUGAAGAUUUGAAUACAGAACUGAAAAGUAUUUCAAGGACAGAGAAUGGAAGUAUUUCAGGUAUACGAUGGAUUUAUCCAAUUCAUGGAAUUCCAGAAGCUCAGGCACCCAACUCAGCUCCAGCUAUGGUAUGUUGCCAAGCAAGAAAUCGGACUGAAGAGAGAGUAGAGGUAUUGCUGACCGGUGUUGUUCCUGGCCAGACUGCCAUGCCAGCAUCAAGUCGAGAUAUAAAACCUGUGGAAAGGACGGCACAUGUACAAGAGGAAGUUCAAGUCAGCAAUGGAUUCAGUACCGCAGAAGAAUUUUUAUAUGAGAUUAGGUAUGAAUCUGAAGAGUCAAAAUCCCAGCUGGAACCAUCUGUGGGGAUUGAACUAGUGAGAAAGGAACGUGAUACACCAUCUGGGAUUGUCACAUUAAUUUUCAACAUCAUUUUUGCACCCUAUAAGUCAAUGAGGCACUCUGCUGUACUAGUUGUACAGUGUGUAACUGGCGGAAUAUGGAAGUUUCCUAUUCAGUUUGUAUCCACUGAACCAAAUGUAGAUGAUGUCAUUCAGAUUGAAGCAGUUGGACUUAACAAAGAAUCAGCUGUUGGUUUCAGACUAACCAGUCAGACAAGGUACCCAGAGCCAUUCAGUGCAUACUUUAUACAUAGAAGUGAUCAGGAGUUCUCUGUAUCACCACAAUCUGGAGAACUGCUUCCCCUUGGAACUGCUGGCACCUUAAUUACUGUUAGUUUUAAACCUACAAUGUACAGCAAGAAGCACAGAGCUACACUUGUAGUACAGACAUCUUCUAUGCAAUGGACUUAUGAGAUCAAUGGACUUCCUCCAAAAGACAAUCUGCCUUCAAAUGUCUCUCCUAAAGUACAUUCAAUGGGUGUCAGAAGACCAGUGUCUUAUCAAAAACGUAACUUUCUACAUGAAAAUGUGAAGCUUACAACAACAGCAGUGUCCUCCCCAGUUAAAGGAGCAUCUUUAAUGUUUAGGAACAAAGUAAAUUCUUUGUAAACAUGUUAUUUUUAUGUUUAUUUUUAAGAUAUAUUUCACAACCCAUUAAAAACAAUACAAUUUC